CUUGGUGCGAGUUCCCGUCGUUUUUCUUUUUCCUUUCGAGCCGACUGGCAACCUGUUGUACGCGUGUGGGUGAUCGUUUUUUUUGCCGUGAAUUUCUGCGCUACGAUCGGAAUUAACGAUGACAAAAAAGCAAGAAGAGAAACGUUACAGCUUCCAACAGUUCAACAAAGAACUGAACGAACUGUAUGACCACUUAAUCCAGCAAAACUAUGAUGAAUCAGAACUGCGUACAAUCUUCCAACCACUUUUAAAAUCAACUGAGUCUUCAAAAACGACCAAAGUCCUUCUGGUCACAGUUCUAACGUUCACCACUUUAAUUUAUGUGGUGAGUAAGAGUGACAAACUCACUUGGCAUUUGUCAGCCGUUGCGAGGGUUUUGCUCAUCAAACUGCUGCCCUUUUGGAACUGGACUCAAUACAGAAAUGGGUUGUGUUUGUUGAAACUGCCUGAGACUGCUACUAGUCAGCAGUUUAACUGCGGCAUGUGCGAGCAUCUUACCUCAAUCAACAAGGAGUUCAGCAACAUCUCCCAUAAUGAUUUGAUGGAAAAAUAUUUGGAUGUGCACAGUCCCGUGCUAAUAAAGGAUGGCCUGGACUGGAACACGGACAAAACGUUCAUCGACGACGUCUACGACAACGACAUACUCUACGACUCGCUCCCCUGUUUGAUCUCGUCAAGCCUCAACAAGGACAACGGCAACCAACUGGGCCAGCUGAUGGAGAAGGCCAGGAAGCAGGACAGGUUCUACUUGCACUUCCAGAACUGCGACUACGAACCCAUGAGGGUGUUCAGGAAGUACACGUAUCCACCCCAGUUCUUGCCCAACGUACUGUCACCGGUUCUGUACAACUGGAUGGUGUGGAACAAGUCGUACAACACCACCAAGUACAAGCCCAUCGAGCUGAUCGAGAAGGAAGCUUUGGUGGGGCAGAUUCACGGCGAGACAGAGUUUAGGUUGUUGCCCAGGAAGAACUGUGAGACCCACUGUGAAGUCUUGAAUGUCAAAUUGCAGAAGGGAGAAAGUAUUUUGCUGACUAGUCUUUGGGACUUGGAGUACAGGCCCGUCGGAGAUGGGGAGAAUGUGGCUGUUAUCCUAGAAAUUAGGGGCUAAAUUUAUUAAUUGUAAGUUUUGGGGCGGAUGUAUGUGUGUAUGUUUGUACUUGUAACAAUAAAGUGAAGGCAAAUUGUA